AUAAAAAUUCAAUUUCAAGUAGAUAUUCGGAAUCUACUCAUUGAGCUCUAUCGAAUGAUGUAUGUUUCGAAAAAAUUCAAGAAUGCGUGAACGUUUCGAAUUUCCCGCACCUUAAGUUUUCAUGAAAUUUGUUUUUCUUAUUAUAUAUUUGAAUGAUUUGUUUUUGUUUAGGGUGUAUGUUGUGAUGAUGGUCGACAUUGUUGUCCAAAAGGCACGCAAUGUCAUUAUAAGUCUUCAACAUGUAUUAUAUCUUAGUUACAUUUUUUUUUCUCAAAUAAAAUUCUUCUUGCUUUAACAUCAAAUAUUAUUGUUAGAAUUGAUUUUGAUUAGAAAAAAAUGAAAACAACAGAAUGAGAUUGAGGAAUUAUGAUGACUCUUAUAAAUGAUGAUUCAUUGAAAUAAAUAUUUCUUAUAUAGUUCUUUUUAUUUAAUAAAUAAAAUUCUUUUUUGUUAAAAUGUCAUUAAUAAAUAAAUGUUGGAUAAUUGUUUGUAUAAGUUAUACACAUCAAUAGCAUCGUCAAUUAACAGAUAGGUUAAAAUCAACUCAUAAUGGUGAUAUUCUUAUACAUGCUGGAGAUAUAACGAAUUAUGGUCGAGGUUCAAAACCAUUUGAUGAUUUUGCUCAAUGGUUAAGUGAACUUUCAUUUAAACAUAAAUUAAUUAUUGCUGGAAAUCAUGAUUCAAUUUUAAAUCGAUUUUUAAAUCAUCUACAAUUCUUACAAGAUGAACAGAUGAUUAUUGAUGAUUAUCUUCGUAUAUAUGGUUGA